AUUAUUAUUAUUUUAGUUUUGCUUGUAUGUCAUUAUUUAGGAGCCAAAUAAAUUUUGAAACCCAACCCUCAACGCCCAUGAUCAUCUUCUCUUGUCUCCUUUUUUUUUUUUGUCUUCCUUUCACUUCUUUCUUUCACUUUUUUUUUCCUUUCAAUCACAGCUUAUUUUAUUAAUAUGACUGACCAACUUUCUGAAGAACGUUUAGCAGAAUUCCGAGAUGCAUUCAACUUAUUCGACCGUGACCGAAAUGGGUUCAUUGAUACCAAGGAACUAGGGGCUGUGAUGAAGUCUCUCGAUAUGAAUGCUACUGAACUUGAAUUGAAGGAUAUGAUUAAUGAAGCCGAUGCAGAUGGAAAUGGUAUCAUGGAUUUCAAUGAAUUUCUCUCUUUGAUGAUCAGGAAACGACGCGAUACUGACGCAAUUCAAGAACUAAAGGAAGCAUUUCAAGUGUUUGAUAAAGAUGGUAACAACUAUAUCUCAGCAGAUGAAUUACGCCAGGUGAUGAUUUCUGUCGGUGAACGACUCUCUGAACAAGAAUUGGACGAAAUGAUCCGUGAAGCCGAUAUAGAUGGUGAUGGUCAAAUUAACUAUGAAGAAUUCGUUAAAAUGAUGAUGAAAUAGUUUGAUGAUGUUUGAAAUAAAUAAAAUACUUUAUUCUCUAUGACUUUGUUGUCAUUUAUACCAACA